AUUCAUCUUUCGGGGAACAUCAUCCUAAAUUUUGGGACUUCUUAAAAAGGGCUUGUACAAAGUUAAUGAAGAUUUUAGUCGCUAUCCAGCAGCGACAUCCUUAUUCUUUCGGGGAUAAAUGUGUCCUUCCACUUCUCAUGAAAUUCUGUUUAAGCAAGAUUAUAGAUCCUGAACCACAUAUUAUGUCUUUUGAGCAAUUCAUGAUUCAAUGUAUGGUAAUGGUGAAAACCAUUUUGGAAUGUAAAGAGUAUAAGACAAGAUUGACAGGGCGUGUCGUUGAUGAAAAUAGGGUAACAUUUGAGCAGAUGAAGCAAAACAUAUCUAGUACGGUUGCUGGCCUUCUUACUUCCCUUUUGCCUACGGACCGGGUUGUGCUCCUGUGUAAUGUAUUGAUAAGGAGGUACUUUGUUCUGACUGCAAGUGAUAUGGAGGAAUGGUACCAGAACCCAGAGUCUUUCUAUCACGAGCAGGAUUCAGUACUAUGGUCAGAGAAACUAAGGCCUUGUGCUGAAGCUCUAUAUAUUGUCUUGUUUGAAAAUAAUGGUCAGUUGCUAGGACCUGUUGUUGUCUCUAUUCUGCAAGAGGCUAUGAGUGGUUGCCCUUCUGCAGUUAAUGAAAUAACUCCGGCACUGCUUCUGAAGGACGCUGCCUAUGGUGCUGCUGCAUACAUUUACUAUGAGCUCUCGAACUAUUUGAGUUUCAAGGAUUGGUUCAAUGGCGCAUUGUCCUUGGAGUUGUCAAAUGAUCAUCCCAAUAUGCGGAUCAUACACAGAAAAGUAGCACUAAUCCUUGGACAAUGGGUUUCAGAGAUUAAAGAUGACACCAGAAGAGCAGUUUAUUGUGCUCUAAUCAGAUUGCUUCAGGACAAUGACUUGUGUGUAAGGCUGACAGCAUGUCGGUCCUUGUAUUUUCAUAUUGAAGAUGCAAAUUUUAAUGAGAAAGAGUUCUUAGAUCUUCUUCCCAUAUGUUGGGAUCUGUGUUUCAAAUUGGUGGACGAAGUACAGGAAUUUGACUCGAAGGUAGAUACCAGCUGGUGUUCUUCGUAACUUCACACGGCCUAU